AUGUCGCGCUUAACAGAGGUGAAUUAUCUGCUCAAAAACAUGUUCCCAAAAUGCCUUCUUGAAGUGAUCCACAAACACCACUCGACCUGUCAAUUGAAUGUCUUGGGCAGACAAUGGUUGCAGCUUCAAGAACCAGGGCUCGAAGGAUCAACACCCAACAUAGUACCGGAAUUGAGGGAUCCCUUUGAGAUGGACCUUCUACGAUCAACUUGUCUACAUGCACUUUUAAUAAACAAUAAUGGCUACAGACUCGCAAAAACUCAAGUGGCAGUUGAGAACAUCUUCCCUUUAAUCACCAUGGCACCAAAUCUCAAAUAUAUAGAUUUAAUGGAGGGUGCUGUUGGUGAAAUGAACGAUAUCACAAAAUAUAACCAAUCUUUGGACGAGUAUAUCAGCAAAUCAAAUAUUAGUCCACAGUACUUAGCCACUCCGAUUUCCUUGAGACACCGAGGCUACGCCUUCGAUUCUCUCAAGGAAUGGGCUAAGUCAACAGACUUCUCUUCUCUGCGAGCAUUCGAGUUUCCCAACUCAUACUUUCCACUUGAGAUCUUGAAUCAGGUUUCCAAGUUCCCAAAAUUGGAAUAUUUACAUCUUGGUCUUCAAAGUCCUAUUGGAAUGGCGCAAGAUCAAAGCUUUGCAAGAGAUCUAAGUUCUCUAUUUGCUAGUCUAAAUCCGCUUAAGUAUAUUCGCGUUUGCUAUCCUCGAGAUACAACUAUUAUCUAUGAGAUAUUUGCCCACCAUGGUCGAACGUUACAAGGAUUUAUUAUUGAACCAUACAUGCCUCCUGGUUUAGAGGCAUAG